AUGAAAAAGGAUGAGAAGAGAGUUGAAAAAACAGUGAAAAAUGGAGAGGUUGGAUUGGAUAUCGAUGAUCCCGUCAUUGAAAAGAAAAUCAACAUGCCAAAUCUUCCAAAACAGCUUACUCUGGAGGAAAAAAAAUACUUAUUGGCAGUAGAAAGAGGAGACCUACCAAAUGUCAGGAGAAUGCUGCAUAGAGCCCAUCGGAAAAAGCAUAUUAAUAUUGACUGCGUAGAUCCACUAGGGAGAGGAGCAUUGACUCUUGCUAUAGAUGGAGAAAAUUUGGAAAUGGUUGAAUUAUUGACUGUACUUGGGGUUCAAACAAAAGAUAGCCUUCUGCAGGCCAUAAACGUAGGAUUUGUUGAAGCUGUGGAAUUACUGCUCGAGUAUGAAGAAUUAGUUCACAAGGAAGGAGAGCAAUAUAGCUGGGAAAAGGUUGACUGGAACAUUGCUACAUUCACUCCAGACAUUACCCCUCUCAUUUUAGCUGCUCACCGAAACAACUACGAAAUCUUGAAGAUAUUAUUAGACCGAGGAGCAACAUUACCUAUGCCUCAUGAAAUCAGGUGUGGCUGUGAAGAAUGUAUCACAGAAUCUACAGAAGAUUCACUGAAGCAUUCAAGAUCCCGUAUAAAUGAAUAUAAAGCUUUGGCUAGCCCAUCACUUAUAGCUUUGUCCUCAUCUGAUCCAAUUCUUUCUACCUUCGAAUUAUCGUGGGAUCUUAGGAAUCUAGCAUUUGCUGAACAGGAGAGCAAAUCAGAAUAUUUGGAUUUGAGGAGGCAGUGUCAACAAUUCGCAGUAGAUCUGCUGUCACAAACACGUAGCUCUCAGGAACUGGCAAUCAUCCUCAAUCAUGACCCUGAUUCACCUCCUUAUGAAGAUGGAGAACACAUGAAACUGGCUCGUCUGGAAUUGGCAAUCAAAUACAAACAGAAAAAAUUUGUUGCACAUCCCAACAUUCAACAGUUAUUAGCCACUAUGUGGUAUGAUGGGUUACCAGGAUUUCGAAGGAAAACACUGUAUGCUAAGCUACUGGAAGUAUGUCGAAUUGCAUUAUUGUUUCCAUUCUACUGUAUGCUGUACAUCUUAGCUCCAGCAACAAGUACUGGAAAACUGAUGAGGAAACCGUUUAUGAAGUUUUUGAUACAUGCAUCUUCAUACCUUUUCUUUCUUUUGCUCCUCAUCCUUGUUUCACAAAGAGUUGAAGAUCUAGUGGUUGAGCUUUUUGGCACUGAAUCAAUGCGGGCUGAAAUGGAAAAAAUGCAAGUUAUUCAUAGAGGUCACGGUCCGAAAAUUUUAGAAGUUCUUGUAGGAUUUUACGUUCUUGGAUUUAUAUGGGAGGAGACCAUGGAAAUAUGGACUGAAGGUAUUCAAGAAUAUCUAAGAAACCUCUGGAAUUUUAUUGAUUUUACGAGAAAUUCUUUAUAUGUUGGAGUGUUUCUUCUGCGCUGUGCCGCUUAUUGGCAACAGGCUAAUCAAAUUGCAUAUGAUCCAUCAAUUGCCUACAUUCCAAGAGAACAAUGGGACGCUUAUGAUCCUCAGCUUAUUGCAGAAGGUUUAUUUGCAGCAGCUAAUGUUUUCAGUGCUUUAAAAUUGGUUCAUUUGUUCUCAAUUAACCCUCACCUUGGACCAUUGCAGAUCUCUUUAGGACGAAUGGUUAUUGAUAUUGUCAAAUUUUUCUUUAUAUACAGUUUAGUCUUAUUUGCUUUUGCAUGUGGUUUGAAUCAACUACUAUGGUAUUUUGCUGAGCUUGAAAGACGUAAAUGUUACUCCUUACCAGGCGGUCUACCUGAUUGGGACAACAAAGGAGAUUCCUGUACAAAAUGGAGAAGCUUUGGAAACCUUUUUGAGUCAACACAAUCAUUAUUUUGGGCAAGUUUCGGUGGUGUUGGUACUGAUGCUUUUCAACUCACAGGUAUUAAGACAUAUACCAGAUUUUGGGGUCUUCUUAUGUUUGGAUCUUACUCUGUCAUAAAUGUCAUAGUUCUUUUGAAUCUUCUCAUUGCUAUGAUGUCAAAUUCAUAUGCUAUUAUUGAUGAGCAUUCUGAUACUGAAUGGAAAUUCGCACGUACCAAACUAUGGCUAAGCUAUUUUGAAGAAUCGGCAACAUUGCCUCCACCAUUUAAUAUUUUUCCUACUCCAAAAAUGUUUAUGAAGCUUCUCGGUAUAAGAAGAAAAGACAAAAUGCGAAGGAUGUCAACUAAGAGAAAAGAAAGAAAGGAGAAAGAAAGGGACUACAGAUAUACAGCUGUAAUGAGAGCAUUAGUAUGGCGUUAUAUUUCUGUAAGCCAAAGACAAUGUGAUGAAAACCCUGUAACAGAAGAUGAUGUUAAUGAAAUAAAAGGAGAAAUCUCGGCAAUGAAAUGUGAAAUUUUAGAUGUCUUAGAGAGAAACGGGCUAGAUGUUUCUUCAGCUGAUAAAAAAGAAAAAACUGUCCUUGGCAAAAAAAUGAAGAUGUGGGAGAGGAGACUUAUGAAAGAUUUUCAUGUGGCACCUGUUGCACCUGAAGAAGAAAUGGAUCUUCUGCUAUGUGAGCCUCCUCCAGAUGAAGAUAAGCUGUCAAAAUUCAGAAGAAUAGCAAAAUUAGCUGUCCUUAGUUCAGCACAACAAAAGUGGGGCCAAGUUGUUAGGGGGGCAUGCACAGCCUCACAAAUAGGACACUGCAAUAGCCGAGAAGCAUUUAAAAAUCAACAGUGUUUACAACGAGCUAUGCAAGAAGCACAGAAGUUAGUAACAAGAAGCCCCAUUGCAACACCACGCUCUCCAUCUCCAGCUAACGUUUCAUUACCAGAAACCACUGGUGCUUCAAUUAUGGAACUUCUUCAUGACAUUUCUCGUGAAACUCAAGCUGCUGAACAUCAAAACCAAUCAGGUAAACACUUAGAUGUUCAGAACAGCUCAGUAAAACCAAGUCCAGUUCAAUCGCAUGGCAGAAGCCCGAGCUUUGGCUUGGAGAGAAAAGGAAUAAAAACAGAAAGUUCCCAAGAUACAGAUAUGAAAAGUAAUUUCAAGGAAUCAAAAUUACCUACAAACAAAAAGAGUGAAGAUAAAUCAUCUCUAAAAAUUAAUGUAACCACUUUCGUAGAUACUACUCCACGCGACAAAACUGAACAAAACGUUCAACAGACACUUAAAGCUAAUGACAAAAUCGAACUAAAGGAUCAAAGGGGCCUUACACCUUCCAAAUCAAAUGAAAAUCUUAAUUUGAAAAAAACAGUUAUCCCAGUUGUAUCAGUAAGUCCACCACCAUGUAUACCAUCACCAAUGAAAUCUCCUCUGAAGCUACAAAUUAAAAAUGUUUCAUCGCCUGAAAAUAAUACUCAGAUAUUGAGAAACGAAGACACAGAUAAAAACACCAAUAGUAAGGAUGUUAAACAUGAAAAUCUCCAAGAAACAUAUACAAGUUUUAAAGAAGAAGCUCCCUCUCUGGUUUCUUCUAGCUCCUAUUCCAGUCAGGAAGCUCUUAUACCACCAAGUCCUUCAGACGUAUCAACACCAGUACAUCUAAAAGGAUGUAUUAAAACAGUUAAGAGACAGCCAAAAGGUGGUUGGUUGUAACAAUUAUAAAUUAUUAAUUUUAGAUUGUACUAUUUAAAAUGUAAUAAACGUUUGAUGUCUACUUAUAUUGGAAUACAUUUCCUUAUUGUUGAUGAAAGUCAGCUAUGAAAAAUUUAAUUUAAAAAAUAUGUCAUAAUAAUAAUAAAAAAAGGAACAUUACAUUUUUUUUAAUAAGUUAGAAUCCAAUUGCUUUUCCAAAAACAUAAGACAGUAAAUCCAAAAUAACUUCCCAUAAUACAAUUACUGUCAGCUAAUUUAAUGAAUCAAUAUAAUUAAGUUGAACUUAUUAGAAUAAUUAAUUUAAUACCUUGGUAUGUAUAAAAAAAAGAAAGGCCAACCCAAUGAUCUAUUUAAUAUUCUGCCAUUGUGCAAAAAAAUGAAACUCUAGUGUUGACUAAAUUAACAGCUUAAUUUAUUUCCCCAUUCUUUAAAAUAUAAAAUUAAUGUAAUGAUCAUAUUGAAAAAAUCACAUUAAAAAAAAAAAUGAGUGUGCGUGCUCUAUAAAUACAAGAAGUCACAGAACAGUAACUGUAAAGGUCGACCAGGAUAUU